AUGUCAUCGGCCACCGGAAAUUCCUUCGACGUCAUCGUCGUCGGUGGAGGUCACGCCGGAACGGAAGCUUGCAGUGCGGCAGCUCGUAUGGGCGCUCGAACCCUGCUCGUAACACACAAACACUCCACCAUCGGUGAGAUGUCCUGCAACCCGUCGUUCGGAGGCAUCGGCAAGGGUCACCUGAUCCGUGAGGUGGACGCACUGGACGGUGUUUGUGCGAGAUGUUGCGAUCGGAGUGGCAUCCAGUACAAGGUGUUAAAUCGUCGCAAAGGUCCUGCUGUGUGGGGUCCGAGGGCACAAAUCGAUCGGCAGUUGUACAAACGCGAAGUACAGCAAACGCUUGGCGACACACCUAACCUAACAAUCGUCGAAGCGUCGGUUGAGGAUAUCGUGUUGCGGGAAGACUCCCGUGAAUUGGCCGCUAUCCGAUUGUCCGAUGGUCGCACGAUUUCGACUGCAAGCGUCGUCAUCACGACGGGUACGUUCCUACGCGGUCAAAUCAACAUCGGACUGGAAAAACGUCCCGCUGGAAGGAUCGGCGAUGAACCGGCCGUAGGGUUGGCGAAAAGCAUCGAAGAGCUGGGCUUCCGGUUGGGUCGGUUAAAGACGGGCACACCACCACGCAUUCACCGGGAUUCGAUUCGUUUCGACGAACUAACACGCCAUCCGGGUGAUGAUCCACCGGUUCCAUUUUCUUUCCUAAACGAACGCGUGUGGUUGGAAGCCGAUCAGCAGCUGGACUGCUUUCUCACACACACAACACCCCACGUGAAUGACAUCGUGCGGCGCAAUCUGCACCAAAACCGGCACGUAACCGAGGAACUAACCGGACCACGGUAUUGUCCUUCGAUCGAAUCGAAAGUGCUACGAUUCGGGCACAAACAGCACCAAAUCUGGCUCGAACCGGAAGGUUUCGAGAGCGAGCUAAUCUACCCGAACGGACUUUCCUGUACACUGCCCGCCGAUGAACAGAUCGAGCUGGUGCGCUGUCUAAAAGGACUCGAACAAGCGGAAGUUGUCCGGCCAGGAUAUGGCGUGGAGUAUGAUUUCGUUGACCCACGUGAGCUGUUUCCAACGCUCGAAACUAAACGUGUCCGUGGGCUUUUCCUGGCCGGGCAAAUCAACGGUACAACGGGUUACGAAGAGGCCGCAGCCCAGGGUGUGCUGGCGGGUGCAAAUGCUGCGGCCAAGGCGCUCGCACGUCCUCCGUUACUCGUGAGCCGAACCGAGGCCUAUCUGGGUGUGCUGGUGGAUGAUCUGACCACACUCGGGACGAACGAACCGUACCGGAUGUUUACGGCUCGGGCCGAGUUUCGGUUGAGCUUGCGGCCGGAUAAUGCCGAUCUGCGGCUCACCGAAAAAGGGCACGCCGUGGGACUGGUGUCUGAGGAGCGCUACCAACGGGUAGUGUCCUUGCGGGACCGAUUGCAGCGUGCUGUGGAAGCGCUGCGGGAUGUUAAAAAAGGCAGCAACCAGUGGCGAGCCGCGUUACAGCUUCCGGCGGCUAAAGCGAGCGUGUACAAGAGCGCUUUCGAAACGUUGGCCAUCUCGAACGAUGACAUCACGACCGAGCGGGUUUGUGCCGUCGAACCGGAGUUUCUCGGGUGGAUCCGGGAUGAUCCUGAGUUGUGUCAGAGGUUGAAGAUCGAAGCGCUGUACAGCCUUUCGAUCGAGGAUCAAUCUCGUGAGGUUGCGGAAGUGCAGCGAAACGAAAGCCUGCGCAUUCCGGACGCCAUCGAUUACCUAUCCAAAUCGCUUAAUCUAUCCUUCGAAGAGCAAGAAAAGCUGGUCAAAAUACAACCACAAACUAUUGCGGCCGCUAGUCGUAUCCAGGGCAUCACACCGUCCUCGAUCGUACGGUUGGUGAAGUACGUGAAGCAGCAGGAGCUGUCAAGCGCGUGUUAACGAGUCGCAUCCUUCCAAACAGACAAGGUCUCAAAGUUUUG